AUGACUUGGUUCGGCGACGACCACGAGAAUGCCCACCACCACAAGGCCGUGAGCGAGGCUCAGGGCCACGAGGGCCACCUCUCCCACGAUGCCAUCGGUGGAGCUGCCGCCUACGAGGCCAUGAAGAAGUGGCAGGAGCACCAGGCUGCCAACGGCAAGCCUUCCGACCACGCCAAGGCCAAGGAGAUCGGUGUCGGUCUCGCUACCGCUGCCGUCACUCACCUGUUCGAGACCAAGGGCCUCAACGCUAUUGACCGUCAGAAGGCUGAGCACCGUGCCAAGAAGGACGCUGAGGAGGCUAUCGCCCGUCAGUACUAG